AAGAAUCCUAAUUCCUAGCGUAGAGGCUAAUCUGCUUUGUGGGGGCCAUUGCACCCUUCCCCAAAUUGUUAUUUUCAAGUUGGAUAAACACACACUCAAUUCAUGUGCAAAUGGCAUGUGAUCUCAGCCUUUAUAUUUCAAGAGCAACAAGACACUGAAAUGGUGGCACUUUUUCUUGUGUUAUAUUUGUGUGCUACUGCUAGCACUCAUGAAAUGAAAUUCCAUGCAAAACUCCACAAAAGCCAACUUCUUUUAUUCGACAAAUCAACACCCAGUUUUCAAAAUUCCAUUUUGUUUUCCCUUUCUUUUUUCCUAUAUAAACCAAGCUUUAAUUUCCUUCUGAAUUAAUACUCCUUGAUCUGGUGUGAAGAUGGACACCAAUGACUGGGAAUUCCUUUCUUAUGAUAGCCUUUAUGAUGCGUCCUUAGAUUCAAAAAGUGUUCUUGAUUUGGAUGACUAUGACUUGUGCACCUCACCAAAAUUCAAGAAAGCCUCAGAAGCAUCAAGGAAUUUUCAUCCAAGGGAACCAAAACAGGUUAUCCAUAUUCCAAUUCAAUUGGAACCAAGAAUUGGGAAGGCCCCAGAUGAAGGGCUAGUGGAACAAAACACUAAGGAUCAUCAUGUUGAGGUCCCUCUUGUCCCAUCAUCACCAACUACCAUUGAGAAAAUCAAAGGAGGGAUUUUGGAAGCUGAUUAUGACACUGUUGCACACCUUUUCUCCAAGAUCAAGGAAAUUGAGUCUCCAAGGUCUAUUGGUAGAGGAUUGUUGUUCCCUUCACCUGAUAUAGGUGCUUUGAAAUUUGAGGACAAAGGUGGUGAGGCACAAGAGAUCAUCAUGGCCUCUCCAAGAAUGAAGAUUGAGAAAGAAAUUGCUACUAUUAUGGACUGUGGCAAAGAAGUGGGGGACUCUAGUGGUGGUUUCAACUUUUGGAAGUGGAGCUUGAAUGGUGUUGGGGCUAUAUGUUCUUUUGGAUUUGCUGCUGCCACAAUCUGUGUCCUAAUUCUUGGAAGCCAGCAAAGGAACAACAAAAUCCAGCAGGAUCAGAAGAUUCGGUUCCAGAUCUAUACUGAUGACAAGAGGAUUAAGCAAGUGGUUCAUGCAACCAAAUUGAAUGAAGCAAUGGCAGCAGCGAGUGGUGUUCCUCUGAGUAGAGCUCGCAUAACCUGUGGUGGUUACUAUGAUGGCCUUUGAUUGAGGCAUUGAUUAAGGAAGUUUGGGAUAGUGCAAUCGGUCAACUAUAUUAUUCUAGAUCUAUCAUAUAGUUUUCCUUUUCUUUUCUUGUAAACAAAAUAAUGAGGAUGGUGUCUUGUAAACUAAUUAAGCUACAGAUUAGGGGCUCUUUUAAGAAUUAUAGAUUUAUAGUACUAUUAUUUUAUCGAUAUGGUUUUGGAGGAUAAAAAAGUUUUUCUGGAA